GAAACACAAAACCUUUCUUGGAAACAGAUUCCGGGAACCUCCGUCAGUCCAGCUGAACUGAGCCGCUUUCUGUCCUGCACUAAACUGAAUAAAGAGCUCACACUCCGCUUCAGUCGCAGUUUUACUUGAAGCAACACACGGAUAUCUUAUUUAGAUUGUUAGUUUCAUGGGUUAUUUAUUUUUUCUACAUCACCAGAAUUUGGUAUAUAGUGUAAAUAUUUAUUGUGAUCAACCACUGGACAUUUCUUCAACUGUUUACCAAAUCGGUCGCCAUCCAUAUGAUUUGUCUUGAUUUAAGACUUGCUGUCGGUCAGAAAUGGUUGCCCGUACUGUGACCAUUUUACAUGAUGAGGAACAAGGAGGUUUAUGCUGCCCUCAUUCUUCUCCUCCACCCUGGGAUCCAACAGAGGACCUCCGCUGCAUCACCACCACUUUCCAGUACCUGCAAACCUCAGGUUGGUACUGGGGCUCUAUAUCAGCGAGUGAAGCUCGGGAGGCCCUCCUGACAAAGUCUGAAGGCACAUUCCUGGUGCGUGACAGCAGCCAUCCUCAGUACAUGCUGGCCCUGUCAGUGAAGACCUGCUAUGGACCCACCAGUGUGCGUAUUGAGUACAACAAAGGUUGUUUCUGGCUAGACUCUAUUUCCCCUGCCCUGCCGAACCUGCAGUCCUUCCCAGAUGUUCACAGCCUCAUACUGCACUACACUGGCUCAAACCCCACGUCACAGGACAAGCCAUCUCGUGACAUUUGCCCCCAAACAAAGCCUGACCCUGCUAAACACACAGCUAAAGACAGUGGGGUCCCUCUGAAGCUGAUGCGUCCAUUGAACAAGCCAGAGGCUUUCCCUUCUUUGCAGCACCUGACGCGCCUCACCAUCAACAGAUACACGAACUGCCCCAACCAGCUGCCGCUCCCAAAGCCUCUGCUGCGCUACCUGCAGAACUAUCCCUUCUCCAUAUGAUGAUCGAUGUCUCUCACGCAAAGGACACAGACACAGGAACAUGGUCGGGGUCACACUCCAUGACCACACACUAUGUAUAGGGGACAGUUUGAGGCCCUGCAAAGAGCCGCCCAGGAGGAGAACACUGUAAUGAUUUAAAUAAGCCGCGGUGCUUACAAAGUAAUCCAGUUUUACGACACUGCUACUUUUGUUAUUCAGAAUUAUAUUAUUUUUUUAUAUGUUUGCUUCAGCUACUUUGAAAUGUGCAAUGCCAUUAUAGAAGCUGUGGUGGGUGUCCUUCCAUUUUUGUGUCUCAGUCAACAGAAUGAGAAAAGAGAAUUGUUUCUAAACCAGUGGUCUCAAGUGUUUGUUUUUUUAAUCAGCAGACCCGAAUUGUAUUAAAAAAACAUACAUCAGUGAAAAAA